AUGGCCCUGCCCCAGGCCCUGAGCGCGAGCGUCUGGCCGAGCUGGCGGCGGGCUGCGCGCGCCUCUUGCGGCUUCCUGCUGCCACAUUCCGGGCCCCUUGCCACCCCGCACGACUUCUCCCGCUUCAUGGCGAGCAAGCAGGAGCCGCAGCAGCACUGCAGGCCGUCGGCCACCGGCGCCGUGACCUCCUACGACUACCUGGUGAUCGGGGGCGGUUCGGGCGGGCUGGCCAGCGCGCGCCGAGCGGCGGAGCUCGGCGCCAGGGCCGCAGUAGUGGAGAGCCACAAACUAGGCGGCACUUGCGUAAUGUGGAACACAGCUGUCCACUCUGAAUUUAUCCAUGAUCACGUUGAUUAUGGUUUUCAAAGUUGUGACAGUAAAUUCAAUUGGAGUGUUAUAAAAGAAAAACGCGAUGCCUAUGUGAGCCGCCUGAACACCAUCUAUCAAAACAAUCUAACCAAGUCCCAUAUAGAUAUUAUCCAUGGCUAUGCAACAUUCACAUGUGAUCCCACACCCACAGUCGAGGUCAAUGGGGAAAAAUACACCGCUCCUCAUAUCCUGAUUGCCACAGGUGGCGUUCCCUCACGUCCUCAUGAGAGCCAGAUCCCUGGUGCCAGUCUAGGAAUAACCAGUGAUGGAUUUUUUCAACUGGAAGAAUUGCCUAGCCGCAGUGUCAUUGUUGGUGCAGGUUACAUUGCUGUGGAGAUAGCUGGAAUCCUUUCAGCUCUGGGUUCUAAGACAUCGCUAAUGAUACGGCAUGAUAAGGUACUUAGAAAUUUUGAUUCAAUGAUCAGUUCAAACUGCACUGAAGAGCUGGAGAAUUCCGGCAUCGAGGUCCUCAAGCACUCCCAGGUCAAGGAAGUUAAAGAGACCUCAUCAGGCUUGGAGCUCAGCAUGGUUACUUCAGCUCCUGGUAGGAAACCCACCAUUGCCACAAUUCCAGAUGUUGACUGCCUGCUGUGGGCCAUUGGGCGGGACCCAAAUUCCAGGGGCCUUAACUUAAACAAACUGGGAAUUCAAACUGAUGACAAAGGUCAUAUCAUAGUAGAUGAAUUCCAGAAUACUAGUGUCAAAGGAAUUUAUGCAGUUGGGGAUGUAUGUGGAAGAGCUCUUCUUACUCCAGUUGCAAUUGCUGCUGGCCGCAAACUUGCCCAUAGACUUUUUGAAUGCAAACAAGAUUCCAAAUUAGACUAUGACAACAUCCCUACUGUGGUCUUCAGUCACCCCCCUAUUGGGACAGUGGGACUCACAGAAGAUGAAGCCAUUAACAAAUAUGGAAAAGAAAAUGUGAAGAUCUAUUCAACCACCUUUACCCCAAUGUAUCAUGCAGUUACAAAAAGGAAAACAAAAUGUGUGAUGAAAAUGGUUUGUGCUAACAAAGAGGAGAAGGUGGUUGGGAUCCAUAUGCAAGGAAUUGGGUGUGAUGAAAUGCUGCAGGGUUUUGCUGUUGCAGUAAAAAUGGGAGCAACCAAGGCCGACUUUGACAACACAGUUGCCAUUCACCCUACCUCUUCAGAAGAACUGGUCACGCUUCGCUGA